AUGGGAUUAUAAUCAAGAAUUGGAAGAUUAGGUAUAUUCAUUUUCUUUGUUGGAUUUGCCAUUCAUUAAUUACAGAACCCCAAAACAGCAAUUACAUAAACGCAUGAAAAAACAAAUCAGUUUCUUUAACUCAUUGCAUAAUUAACAAAAAGCCCAUCGAUAUAAUUUUCAUUGGAAUCAAUACCUCUAGUUGUAUUUAGCUGUGCUGUAUUGAAAUUUUUAGUAGGCCUUGGUGUACUACUUAAAUGGAAUUAUGUAAAAUUCAUUGGAUCCAUCUAUUUACUUUCAGCUAUAUUUGUUGUACAUAAUCCAAUAUUUUCAUAAUCAUAUAAAGAUUCCAUCAUGUUUGUAGGAGCAUUAGGAGCAUUACAAUUUGCUUGAUUUAUAAAAGUUAAAAUAAAUAGAUUGUACAAUUAAAUUACAUUUGAAAAA